GCCGAGACUUCCCGUUCUAAGGUACACAGUCAGGAAAUGACAACCUUGCCGGAGGACAGUACUGAUGUGGAGGGCAUUGGACGAGUGGAUCCAAAAUUGAUUGGUUUUGCUAUUGAUUACAAGGAUUUGGGGAGAAUUUUGGUCUCCACCGCCACUGGUUCUGCUGAUUCCCCUUCUGCCGUUGUCAAUGACGGUUGGUCAUCCGGUUGCCAUAACGGUAGUCGUGAGAUGGAUGAUGGUCACCAGGAGUAUUAUUGCAGGUUCAAAGAUGGGACGACGACAAUUCUCGGAUGCCCAAUUUUGAAUAGAAUAAUACGUGAGGUCAUAGUCUUCUCAGUUUCAUUUCAAAAAAAAAAAAACUGUCUUAUUGCCGUGUUCAACCAGACUGCCCUCAUUACCUCAAAACGAGCUUGGAAGUUUUCUGGAUUGGUAUUGCCCACCAUAUGAUUGCUCGAAUUUGCUUGAACAAUCUCAAAAUGAUUGUUGGUUUGAAGGCGCUAUUAGAGGACUUUAGUCGGGUUUAUCAUGAAAACAUAAUUGAUCAUCAACUACUCAUGAGUGAUGGAGUUGCCGUGGAGAGCAUUCGUUGUAACUAUGACAGUGGUUGGAUAAGAUCAUGAUGAAGAUGACCGUUUGGUUGUGUGCAACAAAAGAAACUGAAUUGUAUUGAAGAUGGAAGGCCAACCAUGGCAGUACAACUCACUCAACAAAAAGAAUUUGAAGAGCUAGGAGUUAUUCCUAUUCCUCACUCUGAGGUGUUACAUUCGUCGUCCAUGUGCAAUGUCCAUCUGGCAUCUAGGAGAUUAUAGAUUUUCUUAUGUCGAAAUUAAGAGAAUGAACAUAAAUUAUUGCACCUGAGGGUUUGCACCUGACGCCUGAGGGUGGACUCUACAACAAAUGUUGAGGACCUGAAGGGAAAAAGAAAGAAAAUGGAUUCCUAUUUCAAACACUUAUUUUGUCCCAAAAACAAGCCGGUCACCAGAACUACUACUUGGCCCUUAGUGUUAUUCUAUUUCUGUUCAUUUAAGUCCGGUUGGUGGCAUAUUUGCUUAGAUUGUGAACCGAAAACCGCUUUUCCAGGGGACUCAGAAAUUGUUGAACUCUUUCAGGUUUUUAGGUGUGAUAUCCUCAUCCUAUUAGACUAUUCAUGUUCUCAUAUUUUAAAAAGAUUGUUGACUAAAAAUAUGGCCAUGAAGAAUUAGAAAUCAGUAAAAGCAAAAACAGAUU